UCUCUCCCACUUAUCUAGUUAAGAAUGAUAGAUAUCAAUUAUUUUGUUUAAAGAGUUGUAUUCAAUAUUUGCUACAAGUUGUGUUUAGAAUCUGAUACAACAUCUGUUCUAGAUAGGAUAGCCACUACUAGUUCUUCCUUACCCUUUUUCCCUUGAUUAUAGAAAUGGCUGAAUGCAAGAGCUUAGAGCUUCACAUCGCCAUGUUCCCAUGGUUUGCAACUGGCCAUAUGACCCCCUUUCUCCAUCUCUCUAAUGAGAUUGCUAAGAGAGGCCACAAAAUCACUUUCAUACUGCCCAAAAAAGCUCAAAUUCAGCUACAACAUUUAAAUCUUCAUCCAAAUUUCAUCACCUUUCAUCCCCUUACAAUCCCUCACGUUGAUGGCCUCCCACUUGGUGCAGAGACUGCCUCAGACAUAUCAAUAUCUUUGGUCCAUUUGCUUGCCAUUGCCAUGGAUCGCACACGUGAACAAGUUGAAAAUAUUCUCCGAGCUAAAACUCCAGAUAUGGUAUUCUAUGACAAUGCACAUUGGAUACCAGAAAUCACCAAACAGCUUGGAAUCAAAUCAAUUUGCUACAAUGUUGUUUCUGCUGCAUCGCUUGCAAUUGCUAUGGUUCCAACACGUAAUGUUCCCAAGGAUAGAGCCAUUACAAAAGAGGAAUUAAAGCAACUACCAGUAGGCUACCCUUCAUCGACCAUAGUCCUUCAUAGCCAUGAAGUUGAUUCUUUAUCAUUCAUUUCUCUACCCUUUGGAGAUGGGAUAACAUUUUACGAUCGUGUCACAACCGCCAUGAAAGAAAGUGAUGUGAUAUCUAUUAGAACAUGCCAAGAAAUGGAAGGACAAUUGUGUGACUAUGUGGGGAAUCAAUUCGGAAAGUCUGUGUUGUUAACAGGACCAGUGUUACCAGAGCCCUCUAAGAGUCCUUCGAAAGGCAUGUGGGCCACUUGGUUGGAUGGGUUUGAGCCUGGGUCAAUGGUGUUUUGUGCAUUUGGGUCUCAAAUCAUUCUUGAAAAGAAGCAAUUUCAAGAACUAUUAUUAGGGUUUGAGUUAAUAGGGUUGCCAUUUCUAAUAGCCCUGAAACCGCCAAUGGAAUGUGCAACAGUUGAGGAGGCAUUGCCAAAUGGGUUCAAGGAAAGGGUUAAAGAGAGAGGAAGAGUUUUUGGGGGUUGGGUGGAACAACCAUUGAUACUUAGUCACCCAUCAAUUGGGUGCUUUGUGAGCCAUUGUGGGUUUGGAUCAAUGUGGGAGUCUUUGAUGAGUAACUGUCAAAUAGUGCUCGUGCCACAUCUUGGUGACCAAAUAUUGAACACUAGGUUACUUGUUGAAGAGAUGAAGGUUGCUGUGGAGGUGGAGAGGGAAGAAUGUGGGUGGUUUUCAAGAAAGAACUUAAGCAAGGCGAUCAAGUCUGUGAUGGAUAAAGAUAAUGAGGUGGGUAUUAUGGUGAAGAAGAACCAUGCAAAAUGGAAAGAGAUAUUAGCUAGCCCAAACUUCAUGAGUGGUUAUAUGGAUAAAUUUGUCCAAAACUUGCAAGAUCUUGUACUAGUAAAUAAAAAAGCAUAAUUCCAGAGUUUGGUUCAUGUACUAAAACGUUAAGGAUCUUUGUUGUUGUUGAAUAACUGUUCACUUUCAUGGGGUCAUAAAUUUAGUAGAUUUUGACCCUUAGCUUCAGUCUCUCUCUUCCCUCCCCAUGAUUGUCCAUUGCUUUGAGGAAGCCAUUAAGUGUGAUGAUACUCUCGCUAGGAUCGGAAGAAAUUAGCUUGUGGACUUUGUUCUUUUUCGUGCUUUACAUCUAGAGGUUGUAGAUGUCUUUGAUUAAUGAAUUAA